CUGCCUGCGACCAACCGAGUUGGAGGAAAGCCUCAUCUCUGUCUUUUAUAUCAUUAAUAAUAAUAAUAGGCUUGAUACGAAUUAUUGUCGAGAGGUUUAUCUGCAAGUUCCAAUGGAAAGCUAGUGAGGAAACUUCCUCCUUUAUUUCUUCUCCUUCAUUCCAACGUACUUAAAUUUCCUUGCAUUUUGGACUUACAAAAAUGUAAACCUAGCGAAACGUUUGGACAUCCGUUAACCUAGCUCAAAAUUGAGAUGAGCAAAUGCCCGGGAAUCUACAAUGACAUCGGGAAAAAAGCCAGAGAUCUUCUCUACAAGGAUUAUUAUACUCAACAACCACCAAUUCACUAUAACUACGGAAAUCUUGCCUGGAGUCUUGACCUGGCCGGCCAAAUUAGCAACAUUUUGCCCGGACUCAGGACAGCUUUAAGGUUCAUCAUACCUUACCAUUACCAAAACGAGGUGGAGCUGCAAUACUCGCAUGACUAUGCUGGAAUUACCGCAGGCAUCCGUUUGGCAGAAAAUUCCUUGUUAAAUUUCUCAGUUGUAACAGGAAACAGUCUUCUCUCCAUCGGUGCUGACCUCUCCUUCAUUCCUGCAACCCGUCAACUCGACAACUAUAACGCCGGUCUAAGCUUCAACAUUGCCAUCCUUAACGCUUCCUUAACCUUGAACGACAUGGGUGACAAGUUGAGGGCCUCAUGCUAUAGCUCAAUCAGUCCCCUAACCAAAACAGCUAUCGCGGUGGAGCUUGAUCAUCAAUUUUCAAGGAAUGAGUCUACACUCACAUUUGGUGCCCAACAUGCGAUAUUCCCCGUCACAUUGGUGAAAGCUCGAGCCAGCAGCAAUGGGAAACUAGGUGCCUUAAUUCAACAGCAGUUGUUUCCCUCAUUCUUCUUAACCAUUGCUGGAGAUGUGGAUACGCAACACAGCGUGAACAGCGUGACAACGAUUUCUAAACUUGGGAUGUCCUUGGCUUUCCGCCCUUAGAUCAAAACCACAAAAAGAGAGAGUCAUUUCCAACAUGGUGGAAAGUAGUACUAAUACAUAAGACCAUGACCUAACGUAUUGCCGCUUAUGGUUAGCCUUCCAAAUAGUGUCAUUUAAGUAUUUGUGGGCAGCAGAAGUAUUAUCUGUUAAGUUAUAUGAGGAUGUGUGAUGAGGGAUGGUCAAAAACCCCCUAUCUCUGUCUAUGGUUAGUGUCCCAUCUAUGUUUGAACAUUUUUUUCCUCAACAAUAAUAUGUUUAAGAUACGUAUUGCGUCACAAA